ACUUUUGCCACUCCUAUGAAAAGCAUAAAAAAUCAAAAUCAUGGAGACUAGCUUUCUUUUCCAUUUAUUUGAGAUAUUUUUAUUGAUUUGUAGCAUUAGAACAUCAUCUGGGGAUCAGCCUAGUCCUGAUGCAAAAACUAAAAAAUGCACCAAGUUCAACUCAAAGAUACUUUGGACAUCAAAGUUAAGAGAGUCCCCACUGGUUGGUACGCCACUCCUCAUUGACAUUGACGGUGACAGUUUAAGAGAUAUCAUCGCUCCAUCUCAUUCCGGAGAGGUCUGGGCCAUUCACGGGGAGAAUGGACAUAUUGUGGACAACUGGCCAUUUUAUGUAGAGGGUCGCUCGUUUUUUGCAAAUCCAUUACCUUACGAUAUUGAUACUGAUGGUGUCACUGAUAUACUGCUAACUACAACUGAUGCAGAGGUACUAUUCCUCACUAUCAAUGGAACGCUAUUUCAUGGGGAAACAAUCAAAGUCCCUCCCUUAAGAGUCAAGAGGGAUUGGUACAGUCUGGAUAAAGACUACAUCAAGAGAGUAGCUGAAGAAAUGACUAAACAAGUGGGCCAACGCUUCCAGUAUAACCCAAAUCCUGAGGGGACAUCCCACGAGACAGGUCCAACUGAGGCCCCUCCCCCCUCUCCUUUCUCUCAGUUUGAUGAUCAGUUUGGAGCUGAAGCUGAUAUCCUUUACUCUCGUCACCAGCCCGGGGAAAGACCCUCUGGACUCGACCCUAAAGAUGAAACCUACGUCUUUGUUGAUCCACACAUCCUUGCUACUCCAGUAGUAGCUGACAUUGAUGGAGAUGGAGAUGAGAAUGAGCUAGUACUGCCUGUUAGUUAUUACUUUGAUCGCUAUCAUUACGGGUUUCAAGAAAACCUCGCAAGGACUCGACUCAAUAAAGAUGAGCUGUCGAAAUAUGCUGCGUCAGGCCUAGUCAUUGUUAAUCUAAAAACCAAACAGAUUACUAAUCAAAGAUUGAUCAGUUUGACAGCAAUAUCAUCUGAUCAGCCAUCAUACUUGUUGGCACCUCCAACCGUUGUCCGAUUGGGUCCAAAGGAUCCACUGAGUAUCAUUAUAGGAUGCUCCUCUGGUUCCUUGCAUGUGUUUCAAGGCCCUAGUCUAACGCCAGCGGCAGGGUUUCCAAUAAUGACUGACUCCAUUACAGCUCAAGUAUCAGUGGGGGAUGUCGUGGGUAAUGAUGAUCAGUAUGAGCUAGUUGUGGGUGAUGCUACUGGUAACGUUAUAUGUCUUGAUAAGUACGGCAAGCAGUUGUGGGAGUAUAAUGUAAAGGCACCAGUAGACACAAGUGUUAGACUAUUCAACUUUAAUUCUGAUAGUUCAAUGGAGGUUAUAUUUGUCGACAAGUUUGGUGUCGUUUAUGUAUUGAAUGGUACGACGGGCCAGCCAACUCUCUCGUCUCCUUUUCUCCUCAAUACCCUUAUUCAUUCCUCUCCUCUUCUGAUGCACUUAAAGUCGGUUGAUGAUGAUUAUCAUCUUGUAGCGCUCGUCCCUACAAUAACUGGCCUCUAUUGCAUUGAUCUACACACUGCUUGUGUGUCUGAGGUACAAAUGGAAAGGGAUUUCAUGCCGUACGUUUUACAAUCUGAUCACAUAGACCCGUUUAAUCCCGGCCUUGAAGUAUUAAUCAGUUCACUCUCGGGCGAAUUAGCAUGCAUCACGGCUGAUUCUUAUCAUCCUACGGAACGGGAGGUAAGCAUUGAGACCUGGCCUGGGGAGACUAUGGGCAACGGUAACUGGUUCACCCACAAGGGUAGUCUCUUUGCUCUAUCUGUGGCACGAGGACUCUCAACACGAGAUGCCUCCGGAAAGAGUUUUAAUUUUGGUUUUAAUGUAUACGAUGCAAAAGCAUCAGAGACCAAUCCCAAGGAGUACAGCAUUGAAUUGAGUGUUGGUGGGAGGUAUACUUUACUGAGUGAUAGGGUCUUGCUUAAUAAAUCAAUGACUCAUUUCUUAUAUACUCCAAAGACUCCUCCUGCUCCUCUCUUUGCCGAGAUGAUCCUAAAAGUAUGCAAUACUCACUGGCAGUGUGACACUGCUUCGUUUAGUGUCCGUUUUAAUUUAAUUUUUGAAGAAGUUCUUGAUUGGAUCUUGGCACUACCUUUUCUAGCAUUUGUCGCUGGGUACUUGUGGCUACUCCGAAAUGAAACUGAUGUAUCUUUACCCAUCGCAUACAAUGAGAACUCAAGAAAAAUAAUGUAGCUUUUUAUAAUUAUAAUUUUAAAAUCAAUAUUAUUAUUAAUUUUUGUGAUU